AUGCAACGGACACCUCGAUGCUUCGCCCUCGCCUCGGCGGCGACCACUCGUUCGCUCGUGUCACUCCAGAGACCGUUCUCAAGCGUGCCUCCGCUGCAGUCCAAAGCGUCGAAAUCGAGGAGUAAGAAGACCAAGCUGCUCGUACGACAACCUACCGCUGUCAAAAUUGCAGUCGCCCCCGGAAGCGUCGCGGGCCCGAGCAACAAGGGCAAAGCAAGUACUGCCCCCAGAGGUCUGCUCGAGGAGGAAGAAGAACCUUCCCAGCCUAUCCACCAAGCACCCGAGGUCAUCACUACAUCAAGCGUGGACGGUGCAUCGGCCAAAGAGGUCAUCUCAGACCACCCGGAGGUGGUGGAUGCCAAGCUAUCAAGUGAGUCGAAUCCCUUCUCUCGCGCCUUGUUUCCUCCCCGGCAGAGAAAAUCCAGUAUUUUAUGAUGAGCUCACACUCGCAUGUCAUCACAACCCUCGUAUGUCCAGCUGUUUCAUCCUCACACGAUGAACCACACCAAAACCAAGAAGAAGAAGAGACGAUUUAUACCUCUCCACCGCCGUUCAACGUACCUCUCCUCAUGUCGGCCUGUUUUGCCUUUAGUGUGUUCAGCCUCAGCGCCGCCGACAUCGCUCGCACGGGGUACGCCUCUUAUGACGAGGACAAGGAAGCAUACGAGCUGGCUUCACCUUGGAAGAGGUAUACUUUUGCGGGAGGCUUCGUGUGCGUUUCGGUCGGGUUGGUGCUGUGGGGUACACUGGCACCGGGGAGGUAGGGAAUGGCCCAGCUUUUCGUCUUUCCGUUAGAUAAUCUCGAUCCUGACGCUCGUGUUGGCUGGCAGGGUCAUAACCAAACUCACAAUACGAAGAGGUCCGACCGCGACGAAACCUAUGAGCUCAAUACCACUCGCCACUCGAUAUCCUCCUACGUCACUGGUCUCGAUCCACACACCCUUGACCCGACUUCCCAUCGUGGGCGGCAGACCGCGACAAGUUGAACUCCACCGACUCGUCCUUCUGGGUCCUUUGGCGCAAGGACCCAAGAGCUGGCACCCAGCGCAUCACUCUCCCAUAGAGACCGCAGAGAAGAAGAGAAACAACGUAAGUACUCCCUACUGCCCUGUCCUUCAUUUGCCUUGAUAUUAACCAUCAUCGCAAUCGGCGUCUCCAGCCCGUCUCGCGAGGCCUCGCGAAUCUCUCCGAGCUCCUCAUCGCGCCUUCCAAGCCGACCUCUCCCUCCGACCGAUGGAAGAACAAGGGCACGCUGUCUCACGUACCCCUACUGGUACAUGGCGACCGUUUCUCCUAUACACUGGGCAAACGAAGGGCCGGGAAGCAGGGCGAUCUCGCAGGCGCUUGGUGUGAGGACUGGGAAGGGUUCGAGAAAGCCCUCUUGGGCAAGAAAUGA